GCCUUUAAACCCUCGGCCCUUGCCCCGCCCCUAGUCCUCCCCGUCCGAGGCGGGAGCAGACUGAAAACCCCCGGCCCGGCCCGGGCGCUCCACUCGCGCUGCAGCCCCAGCCGUGAGCGCGCGACUCUCCUUCCCGAGUGAACGCUCCCCACCUUUCAGCCGCCCACCCUUCAGCAUGGCCAACAGGGGACCUGCCUACGGCCUCAGCCGGGAGGUGCAGCAGAAGAUUGAGAAACAGUACGAUGUGGACCUGGAGCAGAUCCUGAUCCAGUGGAUCACCACGCAGUGCCGCAAGGAUGUGGGCCGGCCCCAGCCUGGGCGCGAGAACUUCCAGAACUGGCUCAAGGAUGGCACGGUGCUGUGUGAGCUCAUUAAUGGGCUGUACCCCGAGGGGCAGGCCCCAGUGAAGAAGAUCCAGGCCUCCACCAUGGCCUUCAAGCAGAUGGAGCAGAUCUCCCAGUUCCUGCAAGCAGCCGAGCGCUACGGCAUCAACACCACCGACAUCUUUCAGACUGUGGACCUCUGGGAAGGAAAGAAUAUGGCCUGUGUGCAGCGGACACUGAUGAACCUGGGCGGGCUGGCGGUAGCGCGGAACGAUGGGCUCUUCGCCGGGGAUCCCAACUGGUUUCCUAAGAAAUCCAAGGAGAACCCCCGGAACUUCUCCGACGACCAGCUGCAAGAGGGCAAGAAUGUGAUUGGGUUACAGAUGGGGACCAACCGUGGGGCAUCUCAGGCGGGCAUGACUGGCUACGGGAUGCCACGUCAGAUCCUCUGAUCCCACCCGCAGCCCUGCCCCUGCCCACCGUGAAUGGUUAAUAUAUAUAUAUUUUUUACCAGUGACAUUCCCUGAGAGCUCCCGGAGCUCUCACGCUCCCCUCUGCCAGGGUUGGGGACCUGGCCUGUCUCCUCUGGGGGUGCCCGAUGGUGGCCUUCCCCCGUGCUUACUAAUACAUUCCCUUCUCUAAAUGCACCAAAACUGGACCAACUGGCCUCUUUUCUUCCCCUGGGACCAAAACUGGGGGGGCAUCCCCUCCCUCCCCACCAUACCUCUUCUCCUUCUCUCUGGCCUCUCUUCCCCCUGAGCCCUGUGCCCCAAUCCAUUCCUUGGCUGCGAGUCAGGGAUGCUGCCCAGUGGCCUUCUCCCCGCAAGUAUGCCUCACCCACAGCUGUGGCUGCGGGGACUUAAUUUAUAGGGAGGGGCCUGUGGCUGCUCCCCCCAGCCCCAGCUGGACUGCACUCCCCACACUUCUGGGGCAGCCUGUCCUGGCAGAGGCCCUCGGGCUUCUCCCUUUCCAUUCGCCUCUCUGUGGCUAAGGGGUGGGGGUGAGGGGACCAGGGAGGGAAGGCUGCCCACCACGGGCUGGGGCUUGAAAAAUCUGACUUUGCCAAUUGAAAUAAAGAAUCUCUGUCUUUUUUUGGA